AUGUGGGGAGCCAGCAGAACUGGGUAUCGGAGAUCUCUACCUCCUGCGUACGAAGAUGGCGUUUCAGCUGUUCGUGCAAAGGCAAGCGACGGAUCAGCAUUGCCACUGCCGAGAUUGGUCUCUCGCGUUGUUCACGGCACGGAUUACAGAGAAGAAACCGGAGUGAACAUGCUUUUCGUCAUCUGGGGCCAGUUCGUCGACCAUGACAUGGAGUUCUCUGUUAACAUGCCCGCGGGGAUUGAUUGUUGCAACGGAACGACGAUGAAUCCCGAGUGCAUCCCACUUUAUAUUCCUCCUGGUGAUCAUUUCUAUGACGAGAAGAACAUAACUUGUUUGACGUUGGUCCGGGACACGGUCGCCCCUCAGGACAAACUUGGUCCGAGAGCGCAAUUGAACGGAAACACAGGAUUCAUCGACGGGUCUUUGAUCUAUGGAAGCACCGACGCUGACGCAAAACUCGUCAGAGGAAAUGGAAAACGGGGCAAACUCGAGGUAAUGAAGAUGUCGGAUGGCCGUCACAUGUUACCCGUGAAAUCUAGGAAGGCCUGUUCAGUCGCCAUGAAGCCAUCACCUGUCAAACGAUGUCCUUUCGGUGCAGGUACGUUC